AUGGCCCCAACCACCUCCGACGAGUUUGAGGGCGAUGACUUCUCCAACAACCUCUUCAGCGACCUUGCUCCACUGCUCACCCUCUUCGGUGAGCAGGUCACCAAACAAUUCCUCAGCAUGAGCAUGGGCUGGGCGGAUAAUGUCCUCCUCGCCAUGGGGCCGCUUGGUAUCAUCACAACCAUCGUUAGCGCCAUUCGCGUCGGUGGGGGAAGAGGCUGA